GUCCUGCUGGUCCGGUUCUCAGUCUGACCCGGUUCUGCGGGGAUGGAGGCUGGUCUAGGGGAGUUCCUGGUUCUGCCAUGGCCCGGUACCGGUACCGAGGGCUCGGACCCGGGAUCUACUCUGCUGCUGAGAGUGGGAGCGGCGCUGGGAGUCACGCUGAUCUGUUGUGUUGCUCUCAGGAAGUGGAUUGCCGGCGGUGUGUGUCGGUCUACGAUUCGUCUGGACGGGAAGACGGUCGUCAUCACCGGAGCAAACACCGGCAUCGGGAAGGAGACCUGCAGAGACCUGGCCCGCAGAGGGGCCCGGGUGAUCCUGGCCUGCAGGGACCUGACCCGGGCUGAGCAGGCAGCAGAGGAGAUCCGGUCGUCCACGGGGAACGGGAACGUGCUGGUUCGACACCUGGACUUGUCCUCGCUCUACUCCGUCAGGACGUUUGCUCAAGAGCUGCUGGGCAGCGAGGAGCGGCUGGACGUGCUGGUCAACAACGCAGGGGUCAUGAUGUGUCCCAUGUCCCUGACGGAGGACGGGUUGGAGACGCAGCUGGCUGUCAAUCACCUGGGCCACUUCCUGCUGACCAACAUGUUGCUGCCGCUGCUGCGUAGCUCCGCCCCCAGCCGCGUGGUGACGGUGGCGUCCGUGGCGCACCGCGGAGGCGUCGUCCACCUUGAGGACCUGAACUUCAGCCGACGUCCCUACAGUCGCCUGCAGAGCUACCAGCAGAGCAAGCUAGCUAACGUGCUGUUCAGUCGCGAGCUGGGACGAAGACUCAGAGGUUCCGGCGUGUCCUCGUUCUCCCUGCACCCCGGGGUGAUCCGGACCGACCUGGGUCGGCACCUGGAGGGCUGGUUCCCGGUCCUGGGGUUCCUGCUGCGUCUGCCGGCGCUGAUGUUGAUGAAGACGCCGGUCCAGGGGAGUCAGACCACCCUGUACCUGGCCCUGGAACCGGGCCUGGAGGACAAGACCGGGGGAUACUUCAGCGACUGUGCGGAGACGCCGGCGGCGCCGGAGGGGCGGGACGACGAGACGGCCAGGAGACUCUGGGAGGAGAGCAGCCGAUUGGUCGGCCUGGAGGAGACCUGCUGAUCUCACCUGGAGCUCACCUGUCUCACCUGUAACUUACCUGUAACUUACCUGUACUCACCUGUACUCAUGUAACUUUUCCAUUUGUGUAUAUGCAUUUAUUUUAUAUUUUAUAAUCACCAAAAUCUGUUAUUUUAGUUUACCUGACAUGUCAAACCUCCAGAAACAUGUGGAACCUUUUGUGUUUUAGUUUGUUUUUCCCCCACGGACAUUUCUGUGACC